AUGCUGCCCCCCGCGGCACGGGCCGUGCAGCUCGCGGGCGCCGGCGCGCCCGCGGUGCCCGCCGCCUCCAGUGAGGGCGAGGCCGGCUCGUGGCUGCUCGAGGUCCGCACGCACGGGGACGUGACGUGCGCCGCGGAGGGCGACUGCGUUGUCGGGUCUGGGUUGGGCCACUGCAAGGUGGUCGUGGACCCAUCUCAAAGGAUUCCGCUGGGCAGCACCGACUCGGGGAAUGCUUCGUUCCACGAGUUCAACAGCACCGUGCAGUACCACGAGUCGGAGAUCACCAUCACCGGGCAUUCAACGUCGUCGCAUUGGAACCUUUGCCGGUCGAAAGAAGAUGCAUCGAGAGUCGAUCUGCAUCAGCGGAAAAGAAGCUUGGCGGAUGUCUGUUACGAGGUCGACGGCCUCCCCGGCCUCUGUUUUCUGUGGGCUUCGCCGUGCUCUGGCGGGUGUUCCACACUCCGCCCAUUCAACGAGUAUUCGUCGGUCUGCCCGAAUUGGUUGCGCUACGCCACUCCAUCGGAGUGGUCGGUUGCGUUGCCUGAUAUGAAUGCCAACAGGAAGACUUACUACAGCAAGUGCGCUGCUGACCUGAUGGAUCCAUGGUGGCAUCACUGCGACUACGCGAACGAGUUCGCACGCGUUCCUGAUGAUGGCUGGAACGAGCUGGUCCUGGUCUGCGACACUACCGUUCCCGCGAUGGCCACGACGGCCACUUCCGCGUCGUCGGCGACUGGCCCCGCUCCGACACCAAUGCCGCUUCCGCCGCCUCCCGGCCCGGGGCUUGUCCCGUGUGGUCUUACCGGUGGUUACAGCGAGUGGCCAGAGGAUGCAACAUGCGCGAGUUGGAUUCAAGGAUCGGCCGUGGGUGGAGGCCCUAAUGUCUUCGUUGGUACUGUGGACACUUGCCACCAUUGCAUCCUGGCGGUCUUGAAUGCUUACCCAUCCGCCAAGGGGGCCACAUUCCGGACUCCUGGUUUGACCUCGCAGGCUGGUGAGUGCUACGCUGAGGAUGGGUGGCUGUAUCCAGAUUCGAACCCUGCAUGGAUUACCAUCCCCGUCAUUGCAUCUCUGCAGUACUACACCGAUCUUGCCUCGGACCCCUGCAGCCCAGCCUACGGGCUUACCCUGAAGCCGACCCCCGCUCCGACUGCCGUUCCCCUGGCUCCCCCAACUGGGGGGGCGGGUUCAGCAGUUGGGGAUCCGCAUCUGCAGAACAUCUACGGUGAGCGGUUCGAUUUGCUGAAGCCUGGCAAGCACGUUUUGAUCAAUAUUCCACGGGACGCGGUUGUUGUUGAGACCGCGCUGCUUCGGGUAGACGCAGAGGUACGUCAAAUGGGUGGAAAAUGCGCAGACAUGUAUUUCCAAGAACUGAAUAUCACAGGGGCGUGGGUGGAUUCGACGAAGCAGACCGGCGGUCUGUAUUUCAAAGCGAACGAUGUGGUCGAUUCAAACACGGAUUGGGAAAGUUUUGGAAAGGUAUCGUUGAAGGUUGUCCACGGACGCACCCAGCGUGGCAUACGGUACCUGAAUCUGUACGUCAAGCAUCUCGAUCGCAACGGGCUUUCCGUCGGCGGGCUGCUGGGAGAAGAUGACCACUCAGAGGCAGCGGUCUCUCCCAGGGAAUGCUCUCAGACCCUUUCUCUUAUCCAAGGUGACUUCUGA